AUGCAGACAAACAUUCAUCAAGCACAACUCACAGACAAAGUCUACACUCCUCCUGACCUCUUUUUGCAUGGACAUUCCAAUUUGUAUCUGUACAGGCAGAGCUGGCUGAGCUGGGUGUAUGAGCUGGUCAAAAAAGAUAGCAUUCUGGAUAACACUAAUGUUGUUAUCCAAUGCGCUGGGAAGUUGUGUUACAAAAAUCCCUCCGGAUAUUCAAAUGCGCCAACUCCCAAAUAUGGUCGUCGGACGUCCAUUGGGAGUCGUUUUUCUAAAUGGAUGGCCGACUUUGGCAUUGGCUCCCCAGACCACCCCUCAUGUGAGGGGAUUUGGGAGUUGCUCCCAUAUGACCGGAAGGAAAUCCUUCCGGUGGAUGAGAAACAACAACCCCAUUGA